AUCAAUCUAAGAUUACAUCUUCUGAUCUUCAGCGACUGGAUAAGUAUUCAGUAGAUUAAUGAAUGUUAUUAACGGGUUGAUUUUGAUUCGUGAGCGAGGUUUUAGAAUUUUGACCAAUUUUGACACUACGACCAAGAACUUCUAUUCAAUUGUAGAUCAAAAAAAUGGCAUCCAAACGUGGUGCACCCGGAUCCGCACCCCCCAAGUCGACGAAGAAGCAACGACGUGUCGCGUUUGAAGAAGCCCUUAACGAGGAUGCGCUGCCUCCACCUGACGGAGUUUUCUAUUCACAGGGCUCACAAGAGGACUUGGAAGAUUUUGCACAACUACUGCCACGUAGUAAGAGUCAACCUGCGGCAGUCCCCUUUGGGGAGGAACACCUACAUGAGAAGAAUAACAGUAGCAAGACUUCUGGGUUUGCUGCAGCAGGUGGCACUCCACAACGCGGACGUCCAAGUCAGCGUCCCUCUCCAGCCUCCAGCAGUCGCAAACCUUCUAAGGCAUUAGUAAGGCACGACUCAACGGGAGGUGGAGCCAGGACGAAGCCUGCAGACUCCUACAUAACACCACAGAGCAGCAAAAGGACACCUGAUAAUUAAGGGCUCUGGGAACAUCUUCAUUUCUCAUUAAUAUCAUUUCUAUCUCAUAAAUUUUACAUUCCUGCUUUCUCCCUUGUAGUGAUUGCUCCUAUCAAAAAAUGAAAUGUUUCAUCAACCUUUAAGAUGAGAAAGGCGAAGGACAUCUUCAAGACGACAUGAUAUUGCAGACUCCUAGUCGCCAAAACAAGCUGGCAUUACGCGAGAAAAGGAAUCUAGCGGCUGAAACUGCGUUCCUACAGGUCGUGCGGAAUCGGUCGUUGAAGGUUUUACGUCGCGAUGAAGCCUUACGUGGAAUUGUGGACUGGUUUCUAUUGCAAGAUGAAUGCGGACCCUGUAUUAUGGCAGAAGUGUACUUGGGAGAAGUAGAUCUUCAUCAUCAAUUUGCAGAAGUGUACUUGGGAGAAGUAGAUCUUCAUUAUCAAUUUGAAUAGCAAUAGUUUGAGUUUCUAGUUUCGUUGGAUUUGGAGGUCAUGAAUAUGGAGAUUCUACUCAUCGAAGGUUUAUUACUUGUAGUUGUGGUUCUGCUCACGCUCAGGCUUAGUACUUGUUGUCUGCGUCCUGCUCUUCUCUAAUACCAGCGUUCCCCUUAUCGUCACCGGUGAACGGCAGCAGGGAAAAACGACGCUUCUACGUGACUUCUUCGACCAACUGCGUAAGGAGGAGAAGCGGGAACUGAAGGAGAGUUCUAGUUCGAGUUCUAGUACGACCACGACAAUGUCAAUGACUGGAAAAAAUGCAACAGCCGCUGCAGAUGAAGCCAAUAGUACAACAAAAGUAGUCUUUCUUACCUUGCCAGACUCCGUGACGAAAUCCAUCAAAACAGCUCGAGCAGCCCUAAGCUUCGACACACUCCAGAAAACUGCAACGCGCAACAGACAUGAAUGGACAUUGCUCGGCUCUGUUGUGCAAGCUCUGACUGCAGCAUUGGAGGACCCACCUCAGGAUUUAGAGGCCAAUGGUCAUGGUGCUGAACUAGGAAGAGAUGCUGUGAAGGGAACCAGAUUAGAAUUUGCUGUUCCGGACAGUACCAGAACUUUGACAAAGACAACUACAUCACUUUCACUAGCGCCAACAUCUUCUACGACGAGUACAACCUCUAAAGAUAAGGCAGACCAGACCCCCGCAGUAGACGUAGAGGCACCAGAAGCAGCUGCUACUACUUUCACCGCUCUUCUAAGCCGUCUUUCCCAGGUCUUGCGAGCUGCCUCUAAAAAAGCAAGUAAGACGAUUCUUGGCGGGCUUCUCGACAACCCAUUGAUUCUGGUCAUCGACGCUUUCGACACUUACAAUUCUUCAGGGUCUCGACGACAAGGAUCGCUAGAAGCCAGACAAGAAGAAAUCCGAGAACUUUUGCGAAUUCUAGACACACUUGUGUAUCAGCAAUUUGGGUCUAUAGUGCGGUUGAUCUUGAUCAAUCCGAGUCCGAGUGUCUUUCGAACUACGAAGAUGGGCACAGCGGCGGACGUCGUGUCAUUGCCCUCAUGGACUGGAGACACAUAUUGGCACUUGAUUCGACGUCAUUUGCGCAAAUACGUGUUGGAAAUAACUAGUUCUAGCUCUACUACUAGGUGUGGUAGUUGUAGUUCUACAACUAGUAGGGGUCAGCCUGGAAGAAGAGACCAAGAUGCUUCUACGACCGCGUCUUCUACGAUUGCUACAAACCCGCUAAGUGGAGAUCAACAGCAGCUAGAGAAAGAUCUGGACACUUUUUUGCGGUUAAAGGUGUCAGAACUCUUUUGUUCUUCAUCGUCGACUUCUACCAAAUGGUAUUGCGCAGAGGCGGGCGCAAAGCCAAAAUCCUUUUUGCUCUCUGAGAUUCUGACAAAAACUGCAGCUGCCUUUCGAUUGUACCUGUCCUUACCGAGGAAUCGUCGCGACGGACCAGAGGUUUUCCAGGUGCUGACAGGACGAAGAACCAAAGGUCCCAUGAUGUCACAGGAUGAGAUGCGCAAAAGUCGACUUCAUUUGUCACCAUCGGUAUGCCUCGCAGCAGUAGCGAGUUUUCUGGCGAGCUACAAUCCCAGAGAAGUGGACAAACCGACAUUGCUAGCUGGAGCUGGUUUUAUGGCUGCAAAUCAGUUGUUACAACUUGAAGUUUCUAGUUCUUGUAGUCUUCGUUGUCGUAGAUAAGUAGCAUGCAAGAUUAGAAAGAAAACAAGCUACAACUACACCAUACUUCGUCUAUUAAGAGAAACUAGUACAACAUAGUUGUACAACCCCAGGCUUGUAGUUUCUCUAAUUCUUCCGCUGGCGACGGUGGCAGCGCUUCGCAAUUCAACCCCAGAAAGCUGCAGAACAAGGCGAUCUGUGAUUCUGGCCUCAUAGUCGGCAGAACGAAGGACAGCGUUCGCAGAGAUGAGAGGCAAAAACGCCCAGCACCUCUGGAGCGCAUUCGUGCUAUCUUCGAAGCGCUACGUGAAGGACUCUUCUGCCGCUCCAACGAGGUCAGUGAUAUGUUUCCCCUAGGCUCGCACUCUUGGCAGAGUGUAGUCGGGACAAUGAUCGAUGAGUUAGCAUGGUGGACGUUUUGUGGGAACAGCGGGGAGCCACGGAAAAAUCUUGGUGCCGGAGCAGGGUCAACAUCUAGCUCUGGUCCAGAGGCACAGCUAGGCUCUUCAGUCUUGAUUAUGAGUCACGUCACAGACAACUCUUUCCGACAGAGUCUAGUCAGUUUGAACCUGCACCCAGAGAGGUUUGUAGCGGAAUAUAUGUUGGCGUAUGAUUAGAUGACUGGGACUUGAUGUGCGGCGACGAAGGGGGAACUUGUCCUUUAGCUACAAUAAGGUCCAUCGGGUUGAUUUUGCAUUAUGCCUCAGCUGAAUUGAAGUUUAGAUCUCGAGGUCUUCAUCUAGAGAAGAAUGGCAGUAGCGGGUGCGUCUGCGGCGUUUCAACCUAUAUUAUAGAUGCCUCAGCAUAAUUCCUCUAGAAGGUGGAAACG